ACGUCAGUGCGCACGCGCUGGACCAGCGCGGCGAGAGCCGGGGUCCCAAGCCUGCGCUGCCGCCCUCCGCCUGCUCCCGCGGCUCCUCCCUCCUCUCGAGCUUCUCCCCGUGCGGCCGCGCGGGAGGGAGGCCGAGAUGGCAGAUGAGAUCGCCAAGGCUCAGGCCGCUCGGCCUGGUGGGGACACGAUCUUCGGGAAGAUCAUUCGCAAGGAAAUCCCAGCCAAAAUCAUUUUUGAGGAUGACCAGUGCCUUGCUUUCCAUGACAUUUCCCCUCAAGCGCCAACACAUUUUCUGGUGAUACCCAAGAAACAUAUAUCCCAGAUUUCUGUAGCAGAAGAUGAUGAUGAAAGUCUUCUUGGACAUUUAAUGAUUGUUGGCAAGAAAUGUGCUGCUGAUCUGGGCCUGAAGAAAGGUUACCGAAUGGUGGUGAAUGAAGGUUCAGAUGGGGGACAGUCUGUCUAUCAUGUUCAUCUCCAUGUUCUUGGAGGUCGGCAGAUGAAUUGGCCUCCUGGUUAAGCAUGUUUUAGGGAUAAUUUUCCCUUGUCUAGUCACUGAUCAAAUUUGCAAGUUCCAAUAUGUUAAACGGUAUCCUUAUUUUUGCCUGUGUGUGGAGAGAUUGAGAAAUAAUUUAAAAAACCCAUACACAAUAAAAGAUGCUGUUGCAUGGUUUACAGUCUCUCUGAAUUCUGUAUGUGAUUUAUUAUUUUAAUAAAUAUAUUUGUUGGAAUGGAUAAAGAUAGAGUUCAUAAUUUGGGAGGUUUCUUGUUUUUUCUCCUGAAGGAGGACUCAACAUAUCUACGUUGUUAUAAUGGUGGGACUGGUCUUUGAAGACAAAUUGUAAGAUUUCAUAAAUUUAGCUUUAGCUUUGAAAUAUCCUUUUAGGGUAAAAUAUUAGUGCAGGAGAAGAUUUUCUAAUCUAAUUCUCUCAUUUUCUAGCAUAAAAGAGUAUGUGAUAUGAUUGAUCCAGAAAAUGACAGUUUUGGGUAUAGAAACAAUGCCUUUUGUCCAGCCGACAUGUUUCCCCGGGACUGUUGGGGUAGUUUGGAAGGGAUGAAAGUAGGUUUGUCACAGAAUCACUGUUUACCCUGUGAAGCCAUACAUUGGUAUUUCCUUGUGAUGUAAACUUUGUCUGAAUAUUUAUUAUGAAGACUUGAAAACAUUACUUAGAAUUAACUUUCCAAAUUGAAAACUCACUGUUUUGAAUGUGUAUGUGCACAUUAGCAAAAUAAAAUUAAGUUGUGAA